AUGGCUCGGCCACCCGUGACUCUCAACUUUCAGUCCGAUAAAAUCAAUGACGGCGAAAUGUCCGCUUCUACAGCCAAAGCUUCACCUUCGGUUUAUCCCCCUCCUAUCAAUACCAACACCCCGCCCAGGUCUACGCUAGACAACAGCAUUCCACCCAGGCCUCGCCCGUAUGUAUUUUCGGGAUCUACCCUACUCGACAUCCCAAGUAGGCUCGCCAGGCCUCCGAGCGUUAAAAGUGUUGGGAAGCAAUGGACAAGUCAGUACAAGUCUCGCAAGUUUGCUUUGGUUUUUCAGCCCCUCCCUCCUCUUCCCCUCCCAUUUCAUUUACUUUCUUAUUUUGCCGACUUGGUUCCCGAAAUGUCUGUCAGCCUUGAUGAAAUUUUGGCGAUGCGGCAUCUCUCACCCUUGAGUCUCAAGGAUUUCGAACAGUACCUCUUGUUCGAGGAGUAUGGAGCAGAGAACCUAUAUUUCCUUCUCUGGCUCAACGACUAUGCUGCACUUUAUCACGCUGGUAACUCUCCGCUUCGCCUCUAUCACUCGCUGGUUCGUGCCAAGGCAACAUUCUUCUCAUCCGACUCCCAGUACGAGCUCAACCUUGCCGCUGAGACCCCAGCACCUCCACACCCCGACGCCUUUGCCGCCAUCCGAACGGAUGUCGAGGUCAUGCUUCGUACCUCGGCUCGCCGUUUUGUCAAGUCCCGCAGCCGCAAUGCGGGCACCCAACGCGUGCUUUGUGUGAUCUUUGGGGGAUUGUUGACCAUGGCGAUCGCGCUUGCGCCUUUGAUGGUUAGUCACUUCUCUGAACGAAACCGGUACAUUCGAUUCGGGAUGAUUCCUCCACUCUGGCUCGGCCUUACUGUAUUCUUGUGCUCUGCCAACGGUGUUUGUCUAAUUCUGUAUUUGAUGGGCGGCUCUCGCCAACUGCACCCUUUCGAAUUGGUACGACCAGCUAUCUCUGCCCCGGUCCCCCGCGAGCCACAAUCCCCCUAUCAAGCAUCAUUCACGACCAUCGACACCUCACACGACGUCAAGGGCCAACCCCUCGGUUCGAGUUUUGUCCAGUACCCGAAUGCUGUGCACUCUCCUCAACAAGCUCGCGCUCACGUUGAUCUCAGCUCCCGCCCGGAUGUUUACGUUCUUCCACGCAUCCGCCCAGGAACCCCGAUUAUGGAAUCGGCGUUCGAGUUCGAGACUGCGGGCUUUAUUCCCUCUCAGGACGAUGACGACACUGCGACUAUGAGCGAUCAUGCGAGCACCUACGUAGAGUCGACUAUCGCCCCGUCGGCCUCUGCUCAGACCGCUGGUGCCCGAUCGAGCGUCACCAAGUUCAACUUUGAUUUCGACGCACUUCCUUCCAAGACUUUGAACUCUACUUCUGGCCCUCCUACCCUCGAAGCUGCUCGCGGAAACGGGAUCAAGAGAAUGUUGACCAAGGUAGCUGGUCCUGUCACUCGCGUUAGCAGUCCGGUGAUUAGUAGGGCUCAAUGGGAGGUUGUUAUUCGUUCCAUGGUGGUUGCAGCCCUGUUUGCCUUGAUCGUCUCAGGCAUCCUCGUCGCCGUGCCUAUUUAA